AUGAGUUUGUUUCGAAGUUUAACACAUGUUUUCAAUGAACCUUGCGGAGAGAAUCUGUGGAUUGGAGUAAUUUGUAAGCAGAAUAAUCAAUGUGUUCAAAGUCUUCACAAAUUAAUCUCCUCUAAUGAACUCAUAAAUCACAAAACGUUCAAUAUUGGAAACAUGACGUCAACAGGAAUGAAAAUAUGUGAGUUAAAGAAUGUUCAUAGACUUUUGAUAAAAUCUCAUUAA